AUGGAGUAUGCAAUAAUAUGCCUUAAACGCGAAGAGAAAAACCAGGAUUUUAGGAAGCUCAGUGCAGAAUUUCAAAGAGUUGCAAGGAAGGACAAAGAAGCAGACUUAGCAAUAUGUGUAAAGAUAUCGACGGAAAAAUCAAAAAAGGGAAAUCGAGAGACAUGCCUUAAGUGGUACCACGGGGUACCAAGAAUCCCUGGGAAGUAUUCAAUAGCGGAGGGAUGUUGCAGAAAAAUUCAGAAUGGCUUCUCUAUGGUACUUAGACUUGGAACGCUCAAUGUUGGAUCACUGACUGGCCGCAGCAUGGAAAUCGCAGAAAUGCUUGAGCGUAGAAGGAUUGAUAUCUGCUUCCUUCAGGAAACCCGAUGGAAAUCGAAUGGUGUUUGUCAUGUCAACCAGACAAAGAAAAAUAUAAACUAUUCUGGAAUGGUCAAAAGACGGCCGAAAAUGGUGUUGGAAUUUUUGUCAGAGAACCGCUAA